AUGGCAGGUCUGGGUGAGGCUGCAAGCGUGAUUGCCGUACUUCAGUUAUCCGGCAAGGUUUUCAACUAUAUUGGUACAGCCAAAGACUCUUCCGAGGACCGAAAGCGACUUCGUGAGGAAGUGCGUGCGUGCAGAGACAUACUGCGAAUGCUGAAUGAAGAUUAUGAGGAUGCAAAGGAUACCGAGGAUAGCGAUAUCUGGGCUGCUACUAUCCACACGCUCCAAAGUUCCAAUGGGCCUCUGUCGCGUCUUCAGUCUGCUUUGAUACAAGUGGAGAGACGGCUUAGUAGCAAGAACACAUUCAAAACUACACUGAAAUGGCCGUUCCAGGAGAAAGAAGUACGUAAGAUCAUCGAAGCUAUCGAACAUGAGAAGAGUCUGCUUGUAUUAGCACAGCAAAGAGAUGGUCGUAAACAUCUUCUCAAAAUCCAAGCUUUCGUACAGAAAAACAACGCGCAGCUUACGGAAAUCUUACUCUCCGUGGAUACGAAUUCCAAGAACGUCGAAACGAAUUUCCACGGAUUAGCAGACCAAGUUUUUGAGGUACAAACUCUGCAGCAAGAGUUGUAUAGUGGAAUCAAAAGUCUACAGGGCAACGGAAACGGACACAAAGACACUAAGCUACGCAAAUCUGCGCUCAAAUGGAUCAGCUCAGAGGACUACGCAUAUAAACACACUGAUAUCCUCAGCAAACGAGAAGAAGGAACAGGUAAAUGGUUCCUGGAAUCUGGCGAAUACAAGGCUUGGUUGGAUCAUUCUGAUCCCCAAAGACUCCUUUGCACUGGCGUCCCUGGAGCUGGAAAGACGACGCUUACUUCCAUCAUCAUCGAUGACUUGCAAAUGCGGUAUCAGAACGACCAGUCUGUUGUUGUAGCAUACAUCUAUUGCGACUACAGAACCCGCGAUGAACACAAUGUUCGACGUAUGCUGUCAUGUUUGUUGAAACAGCUAGCGGAAAGACCAGACAGUUUGCCGGGAACAAUUGCGAAGCUGUACAGGGACAAUGAUGAUGGAUUGAAACAACUGUCUUUGGUAGAUAUUACUCGGUCUCUGCAGUCACUUGCGGCAUCAUUCUCGAGGGUCUUUAUUCUUAUCGAUGCUCUGGACGAGUGUAACACAGCUGAUCGUUGCCGAACGGUGUUCUUGUGGGAGAUAUUCAAGCUUCAACGGAUAUCGAACACGAGUCUACUAGCUACCUCAAGGAACAUCCCUGAAGUUGUUGACAUGUUUGACAGGUGUCAACCUGUCGAAAUCCGCGCUAGUACUCAUGAUGUACGGACCUACAUUGAAGGAAAUCUUGAUACUUUACCAAGGUUCGUUCAGAGCAACGUGGAUUUACAAGAGCAGAUUAAAGAUGGAAUUGCCAAAGCUGUGGAUGGCAUGUUCCUUCUAGCCAAACUCUAUCUUGCCUCUUUAUCGAAGAAGCGUUCAGUCAACGCAGUACGGAAAACGUUAAAAGAGGUGUCAUUGGAAACAAAAAGAGAAAGGACGGGAAGUGAGUCUGAAGCAUACGACUACGCCUACCACGUAACCAUGCAGCGGAUUGAAGAACAGGGGUCAGACCAAGCAGAGCUUGCGAAAGAGGUUCUGGCUUGGCUCACCUGUUCAAAACAGCCAAUGACCACAGAAAUGUUACAAAAGGCAUUGGGCGUAAGAGAUGUAGAAUACGAAUUAAGCGAGGAUGACUAUCCUGACAUUGGAAGCAUGGUGUCAGCCUGUGCUGGACUCGUGGAACUUGUCGAUCGACAAGAUGGAAGUCCGAUCAUACGCCUCGUUCACUAUACCACGCAGGAAUACUUUGAGAGAACCGCUAGUAAAUGGUUUCCGGAAGCAGAAGCUAUGAUAGCUAUAUCAUGUAUAGCCUAUCUUAGCCUCGACGAAUUUGGCACCGAAGCGCUGCCUGAAUUCCAGCCUUUUCCUGAUGAUGAAUGGGGUGCCGAUCCAUUCUAUUCAUACGCUGCCAGCUACUGGGGGGUACACGCACACCAUCUAUCACCCAAUCAUCCACGAGUGGUGGAGUUUCUCAGUCGACCGCAUCACGUUGGAAGAAAUGGACUCUGGCAGUGGGAUCUACGAGGAGGUGAUACUGCUCACCACCCACUUGCAACCACCGCACUUCACCUGACAGCAUAUUUUGGGCUUGAGGAAAUGACCGCCAAGAUACUUGGGAAUGUCCCUUAUUACAAUGAGAGGGAAGAUAAAUACCCAACAGAGCCAACGCCUCUGAUGCUUGCUGUCAUGAAAGGCCAUGAAGGCGUGGUCAGAUCACUCCUUGAGCGCGGCGCCAAAAUCACAAGAUCGUCAAAGGGCACAGCUCUAUACCGGGCUGUAGAAAGUAACAAUGAAGCCAUGGUCCGGCUCCUAGUCCCUUACUGCUCUGGCAAUCUCCUCGAGGCCCCAGAUCACAAUCAUCCCACCGUUCUCCACGUCGCCGCACGCCGAAGCUUCCACAACAUUGUUGUACUAUUGCUCGAACAUGGCUUGCACGUUGACGAGCGCCCAAUCAAGGACUACAUUAAAGACGGGUCGCCGACGCCCCUCUAUUCCGCAGCCAUAGGAGGCGACCUAUCCAUGAUCAAACUGCUUAUCGAGCGUGGCGCCGACCCAAAUGCCAAAUUCAUCAAUUACAGACAUCUGUGCGAGGAUGAUGGUAUCAGGAGAGUGGACACCCCACUAAACGCUGCAGUGCGCGAGCAGCGUAUAGACGUUGUCAUGUUCCUGCUCGACAGCGGUGCUAGGAUCGACAAUAAACUGCCCUACGUUGACCCCGCAAUGGUAUCCGUGUGUGAGAAUCGGAAUUACGAGAUGCUCAAGCUACUGGUUGAAGUGGGCGGCUUUGAUGUCAAUCGAUCUACUCUAAGGAGCAGACCUUUGAUCGUCAACGCGGCGCGCUGCCGUUGGGAAGAGGGCCUCAGCUACCUGUUCAGCGUGGGGGCGAACGUAUAUUGUCACUACGAGUUGACAUUUAGUGAUGUUGCAAGCGCUUGGUUUAGGUAUGACGAUGAGCGGAAAGAUGCAAAGGCCAAGUUUGCACGGUGGGUGUUGGAGAAUAAUGUACCGGUUGUGUCUGUGGUGGGCCAGCCUAGUGAACCGCAACGUGUGGAUUUAAAUUGGUGGGAAUAA